UUCAUGGCAGUGGCACGCAUUUAAGACUUCGACUUUUCGUGACAGCAUGUCAUUUUCGACAUUUGAUUGAUAAUUUUCCAAAGAUCCAUCAAAUUAGUUUGUUUGAAAGUUAGUUUAGGCGCUAAACUAUAGUAUUUUAAUAUUUCAAAGUAUAAACAAGGAUGUGAUAUAUCGGACUCCAUAUUUGGAGGUCGCGGUUCUAGGCACCACAAUGACGGCACAAAAGUGUGUAGUUGAAGGCUGUAAUUUAGAGUAUGAUGUGGUUUGCAGCUUUUCAUUUUACAAUGUGAACACAUCAUCGGAGGGAGAAGGGCCGAGGCAAGAAUGGAUCGAAGGGGCCAUGCAGGAGGAGAGCGAGUGUCUUUGGAGACACGUCAGCCUUCAACUAUGCGGGUACCAUUUCGAGAUGGAUGCCCAAGGUUUAUGGAUCGACUCUCCGAUGUUACCAGAGUUACUGACACCUCAAGAGCAAGCAGCACCAUUGGUACAGUCAGCCAGCGAUAAGAAAGGGCCGGCGUCUGCGGGAGGCUUCCACGCUAUAUACGAACAGUUCAUACGCGGCCCGCCCAAAGCUGCUGAUAUAAUCCGUAUGGAGCACAACUACAGCGUGGAUCCACCGAAGAAGGAGCCACCAGAGAACAUAACAAGACUCAAUGUGAGACAACUGGUCGAUACAUUGGGUUAUCUAUCUUUAAAGAACCUUCAAAGAAAACAACUCUGGGUUGUGAAGGUGGAAUCAGACAAGACGGAAGCCUCCAUAACACAAUCGGAGCAGGUCAUCACCAAGAUGACGGAUACCAAGCAGGUCAUUGAGAUAUUACCAAACACAUCGACCACAACAGAACCUAUAGAGAACCAAAGCGAAGUCCUUCAUAUAAUUGAUGACGCUAAUGUAUCAGAUAAUUUUAUAUACGAAAUUGCCGAGGAACAAGAAAUAACAAUGGAGGAGGUCAAAGAAAUACCUAUUUCACAAAAUCCUGAAUGGAGAGUGAAUAUUUUACCCGAAGAAUCUAAGCCGAAGUAUGCUUAUAUAAAACAUUGCAAUUCAGGAAAAAAGAAAAGACAUUUUACAGCAGAUAUGAACGAAAUAACAUUACAAGGUGAUUUCGAAAAUUACUACAUCUUACCGGAUGUUGAUCCAUCGGUUGGAGUUGAAAUAACAACAAGUUAUGAUCCGGAGAAUUAUAUUGUAGAAGAAUAUGAACAUCUCGUGCUAGAGAACAGACCUAGGAAGAGGUCUAAAGAAGAUAGCGUUAAGAGAAAGAAAAAGAAGUUGCAAUCUGUCAGAGAUCAAGUUAAACAGAUACAGAUUAAGACGGAAAUGGGUGAUUGGUCGAUCGAAAAUAGUUACGAUCAAGAUAAUUCCGAUGAUUACGAUGAUAAAAAAGCAUCAGCUAGAGUUAGACGAAAAAAUAAAAAAUAUCUCGGCUACGAUUUUGUCACUUAACCGUUGAAUUUUUGAAGAUUUUUUUCCCAUAUCGGUAUAAGAUUUGUGACAAAACAUUAAUUUGGUACCUAUUUCUUCUAUAGUGACGUCAAAUGUCAUACAUGGCGGCCAUUUUGUGUUCAUUUUAUUAGUUAAUUCAGUGAAAAUUAUAAGAAAUAGUGAAAUAAAGGGGACGGUGAUAAGUUAUGUGAAAAAAAAAGUGUUUUCAUCAGAAAUAAUUAACAAAAUUCAAGGUUCGGGAUUGAAAAUAAUCUCCGCUGAUAUAAAAUAGUGUUGUGUUUUGUGAAGAAGUUAACAUAAAAUUUGGAUAAACCGGCUUCAUAUCAAUGGUAAGUGACCAAUAAAUUCAAAACCGUUCACUUAAUUAACAUAAUUCAUUAGCCCCCUUUUUAUGUCACAAGAUCCUUGUCAGACUAGCUAUUUUGUCAUGUGAUUAUGUCUGCAGCCACACUAGGCCAGAUUUAUUUUACUAUAAUUUAGGUACCAAGUUAUUUAUAUGUUUUGUCUACAGGUUUGAUCUAGUUGCACUUUCCUAUUCUACUGUAGGUUUACUUCUUUCUUUUUUUUGAGAUAUAAAAUAAUGGAU